UAUUUUUAAAAUCAUUGAAGCCGCACAUUAUUUGCUUUAAAGUCAAUUGUUUUAGUACGUGUUUCAUUUCCUUACUUCAUUCUUGACGGGUGCACAGAACAACUCUGUAACAUUACUAAAAGUAAUUUCUUUUACCUAACACUAAGUGAUAGAGCGAAAUACCUCCUCGCCACAUUAUAAUAAUAAAAAAUAUAAAAAGGGCGAAAAUGAUUUAGUGAUGUCGCUCUUUGAAAUUUUGAACAUUCAACGACGUAACUCUGUGAGCCAUGGCAGACCGAAUCCAAAUUUAAACGUUUCAAGCGGUACCACGGCUGACAGUGUUGCAGUGCAGCCGGAUUUAUCAAACGCUAUUACAUACGCAGUACAUCGCAGUGGUCGUACAAAGAGGAAAGUGACUAAAACUGUCUUUACCUGGACAGUUGAAAAUUUUCGUUUUUGGUACAAUGAAGCCAAUGAUGUGAAAACAGACUUAAAGUCGCCAAUAUUUUCAAUUGGUACCAACAAAGAGUCCAAAUGGUGUCUUCAAAUGAAAAGAGAAUAUGAAAGACACCCUACUCUUGGACCACUAAUACCAAGACAACCAAUAUAUGCAGCAAGGCGACGCUUGGUUUAUAUGUAUAUCUCACUAGUCUCAAGCAAUAAACCCGUAGUUCACGCCAUGGCGAAAGUUGAGCUAUUAAGUUCAAACAAAAUAAUCCAAACUAUAGGACCAUUAAGGCAGGACGAUUUUAAAACAAUUACUGAAGGGUCUGAUUAUACGAAAGCACCGCUUAACAUAAAUAAUUUAUUUGAAUCGGAACUGACAAUUCGUUGCGAGAUAGACGAGAUGGACUUUGUUAAUACCUCUGGCCAGUCGAAAAUAAUGCAACGUAAGGUGACUGAUACCAAAUUGAGUAAAGAUCUAGGAAAUCUACUUGAAAAUGGGAAGUUCAGUGAUGUUACAUUAGUUGUCUGUAACCUUGAAGUCAAGGCUCACAAGAAUAUACUAGCUGCUCGCAGUGACGUCUUUGCUGCCAUGUUUGAACAUAAUAUGGAAGAAAGCAAACUUAACCGAGUCCUCAUAGAAGAUAUUGAUUAUAAUGUAUUAAACGAAAUGCUAAAAUUCGUCUACACAGGAAGAGCGCCUAAUAUAGAUAAAAUGGCUCAUGAAUUGUUACUAGUUGCCAAUAAGUACGCCCUGGAAAACCUUAAGAAAAUGUGUGAAGAUGUCUUGAGUGCUAAGCUUUCUGUAGAAACUGCUGCCGAAACGCUAGCAUUAGCUGAUGUUUAUAAUGCUGGUCAACUGAAAGCACAUACGGUGGCUUAUAUUAAAAACCAUCUCACCGACGUUAUGCAAACACAAGGUUGGCAAGAUAUGAUUGCAACGCGUUCAUAUUUAAUGGCUGAUGUGUUGCAUUCUUUCGCUAACCAACAAAUUCAAACAUAAAAUCACCAACUAAAGGAAUGAAGCUCUCAAACAAUCGUU